AUGACCUUAGUGGGGUCCACGGAGGAGAGCGUCCUGCCCAUCAUGCUGGGUGUACAGCAGCAGCAUCACCACCACGGCCUUCACGCCACUUCCAGCGCGCAAACCCAUCGCGGCAACGUGAUCGUCUCCACCAAUAAUAUGCCAACCAACAACAGUACUCUACAACACGGGUGCAAGCGACCCAAGAUUUACGGCCAGGCAACCGGGCCUUACGGCACGGUGCCGCAUCAGCCCGCCUCGGUGGCUAGACGAAAUGCGCGUGAGCGCAACAGGGUGAAGCAGGUAAACAACGGGUUCGCCACACUGAGGCAACACAUACCGCAGACAGUGGCGCAGGCAUUGGGAAGUAGUACCGCCGGGACACACGGAGGAUCCAGAGCCGGCAGCAAGAAGCUAUCUAAAGUGGAGACCCUGAGGACGGCGGUGGAAUACAUCAGGAGCCUUCAACGUCUUCUGGAGGAUCACGACGGUGGCUCCGAGUCCAGCGGCUCCUCGCCCGCUUCUUCAACGUCCUCCAACUUGUCCGAAAAUGGAGUUAACUCCGACUCCAAUCAUUCGGCGGAACUAAGAUUACGAGGUGGCAUCACCAGGGAGAUCCAUUGCCACGGUAGUCCACACGAGUCCGAUCUUCGGCAUCAACACCUCAGGCAGAACUCGAGUCCAAUGACUUUCGUCCCAACGACAUUCUCGGAGGCGUCAAGUUCACCAACGCCAAGUUUCAUCUUCGAAACCUCGUCGGCCGAAAGUCAAGGUUACGGCACCCUUUACAUGACGCACUCCGAUAGUUACGACAAUUGCGAAGACGAGUCAUUGUUGGAAGCCAUCGCCAUAUGGGAAGGGCGUUCUGAUCUUCUGUGAAGACGUCGACCCAAUCAACAAAAUGAUGUUUAAAAAAUAUUUUUUUAAAUGUUUGAAAAACAUUUUUUGAAACAUUAAAAAAAACAUUUAAAUAAUGGGAUAAGUCCCCU